CACUCGCUACAGAGAAGACAUUUGCCAGAGCACGUCAUUUCGUUAUUGCAAAGCUCGGAUACACUUGGAAUAGCUAGCUAGCAGCAUGAAGCCAGUCAAGUACUCGAGGUGCGCUGUGGUCGGCUGCACAGACCCGCACAGAUCGCUACAUCACGUGCCAGCUUCAGAAGGCCCAAGAGCGAAAUGGAUUCAUUUCGUAUUUGACGGAAACGUCCCGGAAAGAAUUGGCAAAAGUCUGUUUGUGUGCGCAAGCCAUUUUGAAUUGGACUGUUUUAACAACCUGGGCCAGUAUAACUCUGGACUCGCAAAAAGAUUGACCCUGCAAGCGGAGUCGGUCCCAUCUCUCCGCCGCAGUACUUCAGACUUGGGAAAUCGAAGCAGAUCUGGGCCGUGUGCUAGGGCAUGUCAUGUAGCCUGCCAAACGGAUCCACCAAACAUGUGCACAGUUGCCACGCCGCUUUCUGUGAAAAGUCUACCACCUGACUACAAAAGUACAGGUACACAGAAAACUAUGCCCUGCACUGAUGUCUGUGUUGAAACCUCAGCUGUGGCCUUCAAAGCACCACAGCCAUUCCUAACAGCGACACCAAUAAAGAGGCCAAGUAAGAGACCUCGCUUGGAGGAGGAAGAGGACAGCCCUUUUGAGGUAAGUUCAAGAAUGGACUUCGGACAGCCAAAGGAUGCCACCUAUGAUCCUGAUGACUCGGUCACAGUCUUGACUGAGUCAGCGGAUGUGACGUGAGUGACUCAAUAUAUAACAAAAAAAAUAUUGUUUGGUGUCAGAAUAAAAUAGAUUUCUCCAAAAGCUGCCUGUUUUGGGAUUUUGCUGAUUCCUGCUUCCAUGUUUGUUUUGGAGAAGAUGAGAGAAGAGGAAGCUCAUUUAAUGUUUUGAAACGAAAACCGGAAGUCACGUGACGAUUGGUAUUUGUUUCAAAACGAAAAACAAUAAAGAAAACUUCAACAACAUUUUGUUUUUGUUUCCAAAAGUGGUACCAGUUAUUAUUUUUAAAAAUAUAAAUCAAUUUUUUAUCAUUUCUCAUUUAGGACAGAAAGUGAAGUUAUGCUUAGACCGGAAGCGGAUGUUAAGUGUGCUGGAUAAAGUAUUUUUAAAAAAAAAUAAAAGUCAUGAGGAUACAUAAGGUCCCAGUAAAGCAAAAUGUGCAAUAAAUAAAAAUAAAAUAACGUCCCAGACUCGAAGUGAGCUGAACUUCGUGUCCAUAUAUUUUUCUCCACAAUCAAUUUCAAAUCAAUGGAGGCCUU